UUUCCGGGCCAGUUAAAUAGAAAAGAUCAGGACAGGGAACAUUAUUCCGGCCAAAUCAGGGCCUGUAUACGGGUUCCCGUUGGGGUUUUCCACCCCCACCGGCAAGGCGCCAACGCGUCCCUCCUCCCCGGAUCACAGCAUCGACGACGCCCAGUCGCCUGCCCUUCUGCUCGCAUACACCACCAUUCUCCAUCCAAAACCUUGUAAAACCCAUUAUAGAUAUAACCCUUUGCAGCUCUUGCCGUUGCAGUAGCUUUAAUUUGUUGUUGAAUGUACUGAGAUUUUAUUCUCUCCGCGCCAGUACCGCGGUCGCGUUUGGUCGAGGUGGAUUUGUCGGGGAGAUAUGGACGCUUUAGACUUCCAAGUCAUCGACUCGAAUAGCGGCUUGAGUUGAGACAGAAGACGAGACAGACUGCACAUGGCAAAGCGCGUUUACGAACUCUGGAAAGGAAGCAAUGUUGUUUUAUGGAACUGUGGAUGGGUAUGCUUAUAACAUAUUACAAAGAGAGGGAAUACACUGUGUAGACUGUGUAGUUCUAUACGUAGAGGCAGAAGUUUUUUCUUGGCGGAAGGUUGAUAUUUGGACCUGAUGCGAGGUCAUUGCUCAUCACUUUACUUCUAGUCAUUGUGCCUGUUGCUAUUUUUUGCGUCUUUGUGGCAAUACAUCUUCGGCAUCAGUUUUCACCUCACAAUGCUGGAUAUGCUGUCAUAGUGGCACCAAUUGUCUUUGCCAUUAAUGUCUUGGCGUUACUUUUGCUUACAUCGGCACGUGAUCCCGGAAUUGUUCCACGUAAUGCACAUCCGCCGGAGGAAGAGUAUCGUUAUGACACAUCAGCACCAGCAGAUAAUGGGGGAAGGCAAACACCCAGCCUCCAGCUUCCUCGAACAAAGGAAGUAAUGGUUAAUGGAAUUCCAGUAAGGGUUAAAUAUUGUGAUACCUGCAUGCUCUAUCGCCCCCCUCGCUGCUCUCAUUGCUCUAUUUGUGACAAUUGCGUGGAGCGUUUUGAUCAUCAUUGUCCAUGGGUGGGGCAAUGCAUAGGAUUGCGCAACUACCGUUUCUUCUUUUGUUUUGUUUCGUCUGCGACACUUCUCUGCAUCUAUGUGUUUGCCAUGUGUGCUUUCUAUAUUAAGGUAGUGAUGGAUGAUAAUAGAAGCACAGUGUGGAGGGCAAUCAAAGAAUCUCCAACAUCAGUAGUUCUAAUGGCUUACUGCUUUAUUUCCUUGUGGUUUGUUGGUGGACUCACUGGCUUCCAUUCCUUCCUCAUCCUCACCAAUCAGUAAAAAUCCGACAAGCAUUAUACUGUGGUGUCUAUGGAAGAUUGGAAGAAUGGUUUAAAUGGGGAAGGCUUUGGAGGCUGCUACAGUUUAUAUCUUGAAAUACGACUUAUGAAAACUUCAGAUAUAGAGCAGACAACAGGGCCAACGUUUAUGACCGUGGCUGUUUGUACAACGUGUAUGAAGUGUUUUGCACAGAAGUAAAGCCAUCCCGGAACAACUUUAGGGCUUUUGUGCAAGAGGAGGGGGAGACACAACAAAGGCUUCCUCCUCUUCCUGUGCUGCCUACAACAGCUGAGCGGGAAGAUGAAGAAGUAGAGGGAACAGAUCGGCGUGUAAAGGUAGAAGAAGAUGAUCUGGGCAUUGGUGGGGACCUCUUGAGGAUCUCACAGCGUCAUGAUAUUGAAGAAGACAUAAUUGAUAUACGGAGUAGAGGAGGGAGCGAUGGCGCCCCACCACACAACUCUUUUUAUGAGGCUGAUGAUUCUGCUGCAUUUGGCGGUGCAUCUUUCCUCCCUAAACCAUGUAGGGGAAGAAGUGGUGGGAGCUGGGAAGAAAGGGAAGCUGUGCCCACACCUUCAGUGGACGAGGCAUAGCAUGUCAAUGACAAGUACCUUGUACAGUCCUAAUGAAUCACAGAUGCUACAUUAAUGUAUUUUUUUGGUCGCAGCAAAUGGGCCGUCUGAUGAUUCCAUUAACAGGUACUGUAUCAAACUAAGAAUGUGUUAGAUGCUUUCUUACUUUCUAAGGUAUUGAUAAGGGAAAAGAUCUGAACUUGUUGAAUUACAGGAAGCUCUUCCUUCCUUGAUAAAAUGGAGAAAAAUUCGGAGUAAUUCCUAAAAGACUAAAGUGAGAGCAGAAG